AUGGCCUACCGGCUCGAAACGCCCUCACGUAUAUGGGCUCGAAUCGAGGAAGCCCAAGAUGAAGAACUUCCUUCGUUGCCGUCUAUGCCAGCGUACGAAGACUCUGCGUUCCCUGAUGAAAGCGAGGCCGUCUCUAUUCAGCAUUCAUAUUACCCGACUCCCAAUAAAGCCAAAACUCCUUCAUCGUAUACUCCUACCCCAAGACCAGCCAAGAUCCGUGCAAUGUCUACUCCCCUUUCUGCUGGCGAGACAACUGCGAGACCCCCUCUUGGUCGCUCCGGCUCUUCUUUAGCUCGUUCUCGCGAUACUCUACCCGAUGAGUAUCUUCCACCACUCGAUAAAGAUGAUGAAGAAAUUUCGACCUCCUUGACCGAUGCUUUGGAGACUGACAGUCGUUCCGGUUCUCCCGACGAAUUUGACGAUAACCAGAGUCGGGCGUCUGCACCUUACAGGUCUAUUAAGGAUAUAUAUAACAACUCAGUGACGUCUCUGCGGGAGAAUGUGAGUACUUUGCUCUUGUUUAUAAUUCGUGUGCCCCUUUUAAUCCCACUCCAGGAACAGAGUCGUCGUUCUAAUAACCUUUCAGCUCACAUCAAACCCUCGCCUCGUGCCAGAAUACCGACGCAAGCCCCGUCUCCUAUCCCGACUCUGACUCAUUCACCUCGAUCUGUCACCUCAGCAUCCUCACAACAUACACCAACUAUUCAACGGCUCCCUCUUAGUCCUUCUCAAUACGGUUCAUCCUCGGACCGUAGCCGACACUCAGCCUCUGGUUCGAGACCAGUCUCACGCGCAGCUUCUCGUAUGGCACAAGAGCUAGAGAACGAGCGGGAUAUUUCAUACGAUUCGUUACCCAAGGAACGCAACCACGAAAAACCGUUAUCUCGUUCAGCGUCGCUCUCACAGAGCCGACUUAGCUCUCGCCCUAGUCCCCGGGCAUCUGUCGACGCAGCUCCCACCCCCAGUGAAAGCGAAAUUACUAUCGACUCGGUUUCUGCCGCGUCUGUGGAACGUCCCCGUCCUUCUACACACAGGACUGCAGGCGAAACAGGGACUCCUCUUUCAGCUGCAGUUGAUAUUUCUCGUCGUACCCUGACUGCGUCUCCUACUCCCACUCCCACACCAGUUCCAACGCGUACCCACUACCCGAUUCCUCAAACUCCUGGUGACGGGUUGGAUGGAGGAAUGGCUUCUCGUCAUCCCCCAGGUACCGCGAAUAGGCUCAGUCGCUCUUUUAUGAUGCAAGUAAUCAACUCGGCCGCUCGCCCCACUUUGCGGCCCAAACCCACCCCGUUUACCCGAGGAAAAUUCCAAACUCCUGCUGCUCGUCGGCUUUCAGAGGCUUUGGCGAUCGAUAACGGCGUUGGAAGUUCGAGCUUUGUUUCCACGGCCUCUUCUCAUGACCUUGCGAUUCAUCGUCGGGCUAAUGCAUCUUUCGACGCCAUUGCUCAUGCUCGCGGCGGAAGCGGCGGAGACUUUGAUCAGCGCAAGCUUCGUAUAUACUUGCAGAGCCUCAACAAACACCUCUCGGACGAAAACACGGCCUGCAGGGAUGAUAUUGCCAUGUUGAAGAGAGCUUGUUUAGAGCUCAUUAAUAGGUUGGCGACACGCGGCGUCAAGGUCGAUCAAUAUGCCUCCUUCCCACAAUAG